AUGAGCCGCGGCCAGCCCUACGCGCCGCGGCCGGGCAGCUCCCCGGCCAGGCCGGGCCGCAGGACGGAGAGCCAGGACUAUCUGCUCCUGGCCUCGGGGUUGUGCGAGGAGAACCCCCUGCCGCCCUACGCCUACUACCCCGUUCGAGGUACUGAGAAUAGGCUAGCACUUCGACGACAGACCAUACUCCGGGAGAAGGGCAGAAGGCUGGCCAAUCGAGGACCAGCGUACAUGUUUAAUGAUCGUUCCACAAGCCUCUCUCUUGAUGAGGAGCGUUUUUUGGAUGCAGCAGAAUAUGGGAAUAUUCCCGUGAUUCGUAAAAUGCUGGAAGAGUGUACUUCACUAAAUGUGAACUGUGUGGACUACAUGGGGCAGAAUGCUUUGCAGCUUGCAGUCGCCAAUGAGCAUCUGGAGAUUAUAGAACUUUUACUGAAGAAGGAGAACCUCUCCCGGGUUGGGGAUGCCUUGCUCUUGGCUAUUAGUAAAGGUUAUAUUCGGAUAGUGGAAGCCAUCCUAAAUCAUCCUGCAUUCGCUGAAGGCAAGAGACUUGCAUUAAGUCCCAGCCAAUCAGAAUUCCAGCAUGAUGACUUUUAUGCAUACGAUGAGGAUGGAACCCGGUUCUCCCAUGAUGUUACCCCAAUCAUUCUGGCUGCUCACUGCCAUGAAUAUGAAAUUGUCCACACCCUUCUGAGAAAAGGUGCUCGCAUUGAAAGGCCACAUGACUAUUUCUGCAAAUGCAGUGAGUGCAGUGAGAAGCAAAAACAUGACUCUUUCAGCCAUUCUAGGUCCAGAAUCAAUGCCUACAAAGGUCUGGCGAGCCCUGCUUACCUCUCCUUAUCCAGUGAAGACCCGGUAAUGACUGCCUUAGAACUUAGCAAUGAGCUGGCUGUGCUUGCAAACAUUGAAAAAGAAUUCAAGAAUGAUUACAAAAAAUUGUCUAUGCAAUGCAAGGAUUUUGUAGUUGGACUCCUCGAUUUGUGCAGAAAUACUGAAGAAGUGGAAGCUAUUUUGAAUGGAGAUGUGGAGAUGAGCCAUAAUAGUGGAGAACAUGGUCGUCCCAGCCUUAGCCGCUUAAAACUUGCCAUUAAGUAUGAAGUCAAAAAAUUUGUAGCACAUCCAAACUGCCAGCAACAACUUCUCUCAAUCUGGUAUGAGAAUCUCUCAGGUUUACGCCAGCAGACCAUGGCAGUGAAGUUUCUAGUUGUUCUUGCAGUUGCAGUAGGGCUGCCAUUCCUGUCAGUGGUUUAUUGGAUUGCUCCAUGCAGCAAGCUGGGGAAGAUAAUGCGUGGACCAUUUAUGAAGUUUGUAGCACACGCAGCCUCUUUCACAAUUUUUCUUGGUCUGCUAGUCAUGAAUGCAUCUGACAGAUUUGAAGGCAUCAAACUCCCACCUAAUGAAACUAGAACAGAUCAUGCAAAACAGCUGUUCAGAAUGAAAACAUCCAGCUUCUCGUGGAUGGAGAUGCUCAUUAUCUCUUGGGUAAUAGGCAUGAUAUGGUCUGAAUGUAAAGAAAUUUGGUCUCAAGGGCCCAAGGAAUAUCUGUUUGAGUUAUGGAAUAUGCUUGAUUUUGGUAUGUUAGCCAUUUUUGCAGCAUCAUUCAUUGCAAGGUUUAUGGCAUUUUGGCAUGCUUCCAGAGCCCAGGGCAUUGUUGAUGCAGAUAAAGAUAUGACGGACUUGGCAACUGCACCAUUGGAUCCCAACACAAAAUACUACACAUUGGCCAGAAUAAACUGGGAUCCAUCUGAUCCACAAAUCAUAUCUGAAGGCCUGUACGCAAUUGCUGUUGUUUUAAGUUUCUCCAGAAUAGCCUACAUUCUCCCAGCCAAUGAAAGCUUUGGACCUCUACAGAUAUCACUUGGCAGAACUGUGAAAGACAUCUUCAAGUUCAUGGUAAUAUUUAUCAUGGUGUUUGUGGCCUUCAUGAUAGGAAUGUUUAAUCUCUAUUCCUACUACCGUGGGGCCAAACAAAACGAAGCAUUCACAACAGUUGAAGAAAGUUUUAAGACAUUGUUCUGGGCUAUAUUUGGACUUUCAGAAGUGAAAUCAGUUGUCAUCAAUUAUAGACACAAAUUUAUUGAGAAUAUUGGUUAUGUCCUUUAUGGAGUCUAUAAUGUUACUAUGGUCAUUGUUUUAUUGAACAUGCUAAUUGCAAUGAUCAACAGCUCUUUCCAGGAGAUUGAGGAUGAUGCUGAUGUGGAAUGGAAGUUUGCUAGGGCUAAACUCUGGUUUUCCUACUUUGAAGAGGGGAGAACUCUUCCUGUACCCUUCAACCUAGUGCCAACUCCAAAAUCUUUGCUUUAUCUCUUACUCAGAAUAAAAAAAUGGAUGUCUAAAGUGUUCCUAUGCCAUAAGAAAGGUUUUCAGGAAGAUGCAGAGAUGAAUAAGCUUGGACAAAGUAAGCAAUCAAGUAUAAGAAGCACAGAUGAUCUCCAUUUAGAUAGCUUAAGUAAUCCUCCACGACAAUACCAGAAGAUAAUGAAGCGUCUCAUUAAAAGAUAUGUACUGAAAGCUCAGAUAGACAAGGAGAGUGAUGAAGUCAAUGAAGGUGAACUGAAGGAAAUUAAACAGGACAUCUCAAGUCUCCGUUAUGAACUUCUUGAGGAAAAAUCUCAGAACACAGAAGACCUGGCAGAACUCAUUAGAAAACUUGGGGAGAAACUUUUGAUUGAGCCCAGAGAGGAAGAAAGGAGGAGUUAACCUAAACAUUUAAACAAUGAACCAAAAAUUCAACAGUCCACUUCAAGCCAUAUUUAUCCUCCCUUAAUUUUUCAAACUAAGUUCACAUUUUUAGAACAGAUCAAGAAAUGAAAUUAUUCCAGUUCUUUAACGAAAAACUGCAGUUGGCUAACCCCUUACAUCUGUGAUUGACAAAAAAUGUCAUUUGAGAAAAGAUAUUUAUUUAUUUUACCCCCUUCCAGAGAAAAAAUUAAUCUUAUAUUACUCAAUGUGCAAUUUCCUUCUUUCCAAAUAUAUCAGCUAAGGCUUGAGUAGACCACGUAUUAAUGAUUAAAACUGUUGGCUCUGUAAAUCUAAAUUCCUCAUAUCUUAACCUCUUAUUAUAUUUUCUAUAGCCUUUCUAUAUUCCUUUCCUAAAUAUACAUAAGUAUAAUUGAAUGAAAUGGAAGAGAAGAAGGCAUAUAAGGCCUGGUCUAAAAACACCCCAAAUCAAAAUCCAUUUAUUUUUCAAAAGAAAAUUUUCCCAAGUAGGGGGAAAAAAACCUUCCUGCUCAAUUUGCAAAUAAAAUUCAAAGCCAUGGAAGUAAUUCAUUUUGAAUAUAUUUCCUUGUGGAGGUUUGUUGUGACAUCAUGUGAGCUGCCUCCUUACCACUCAUCCCACUAUGUUUUCAACAAACCAAUACUGAGCUAUCCUUCCAGGAAGCUGGAUUCCAGUGGGAGUUACUGCACUGAGAAAAGAACACCUUUCACAAAGUUUUAUUGAAAAGCUAUUGUUGAGGUCCGAAGCAAAGACCCCAAUCCAAAUCCGCCUGAACCUUGGAGAAGUUCUGAUCCAUUUCCAGCUUCUGAGCUUCCCCAAUUUCUAUAAUGUCUUGAACCACACCAGCAGCUCUGAACACCCCCAAAUUUUAGAGGAGUUUGCAUCUGGAUCAUUUUGUUGGUUGACAUUUCCAUCUAGGAAGGACCAAACCAAACUCUAAAUGCUAACCUCUCUGAGUUCUUGGAAGCU